GUGGUAUGGGCCUGCCAUGUGCUCGACAAGAGCAGCUCUUACUGCAUGCAGCAGCUGCACGCGAGCGGGAAAAUUAAUGUUUUUUUUUUCAUUGUCAAUGAUAAUCCCUCAGCUCAGCGGGGAUGACUGAGAUAUAAAUACCAGCCCCAGCUCGACGUUCUUGUCGGGGAUUCACUUUCACUCCUUCCCAUUCCCUUUUUUCGCAUCUGCUGCUCUGCUCGUCAAAUCAAGUCAAUACCAAUGACAGACGACAAGGACGAGAGUCGCGUGCGAUGGCAGACUGUCGACGAGGAAACUGGUCGCGGCGCAAGGCCGUCUGCUCGGCAGCAGCUCACGCGCACAGCCUCGAAUUCGUCAGAGUUUUCAAUUCGCAGUGCGAAGCGGGGGAUUGUCGAUCCAGCCGUGACGCUGCCGAUUCAUUACCGGAGCGUCUCGUUUGAUAUCGACGAAGCAAGACGGAACGAGCAGAUCGAAACGGCCAAGGCGAGGAAUCAGAUUACUGAUGAUCUGUCAAAUAUCGAAUGGCAUAACCUGUCCGUUGAAGAGCUGCAGAAGAAAUGGCAGGUUGACGCCGCAGAGGGUCUGUCUUCGGAUCAAGUCCGCCAUCGUCUCAACCAGUACGGAAAGAACAUGCUCUCUACGUUACCGCACCGGUGGUUCUGGCAGAUAUUUGGCUACUUCUUCAAAGGCUUCGGCGCCAUCCUACUUAUAGGGUGUAUUUUGGUGUUUGUAUCCUGGAAGCCCCUGGGUGACCCCCCGGCGCCAGCGAAUCUGGCCCUGGCGAUUGUUCUGCUCGCCGUGUUCUUCAUCCAAGCUGGCUUCAAUGCCUGGCAGGACUGGUCAUCAUCGCGAGUGAUGGCUUCGAUUACGGCCAUGUUGCCGGAGAGUUGUAUCGUGCUACGGGACGGUUCUCAGACUUCGGUGCUUGCGCCCGAGAUCGUGCCUGGUGAUGUCGUGUAUAUCAAGGCUGGGAAUAAGUUGCCGGCCGAUGUUCGCUUUAUUGAGGUUUCGACCGAUGCGUGCUUUGAUAGGUCUAUUCUUACUGGUGAAUCGCAGCCUAUCAAUGGCACGGUCGACUCGACCGAGGAUAACUAUCUUGAAACACAUAACAUCGGUCUUCAAGGAACUCACUGCGUGUCUGGAAACACAGUGGCAGUAGUCGUGUCUACUGGCGACACCACCGUUUUCGGCCGCAUAGCCAAACUCGCCGGUGAACCAAAACAGGGGUUGACUACUCUUGAGAAAGAAGUGUUACGCUUUGUUGCCCUGAUCGUGGCUAUCAUGAUUCUUAUGAUCGUCGUCGUUAUCAUCGUGUGGGCUGCUUGGCUGAGAAAAGACCACGAAGGCUGGAUCAAUGUGCCUACACUGAUUGUCGACUGUGUCAGCGUGGCUAUUGCGUUUAUUCCAGAGGGUCUCCCGAUCGCUCUUACCGCGAGUCUGACGAUUACAGCUAAUAUCAUGCGCCAGAACCAGAUUCUGUGCAAGUCUUUGAAGACCGUCGAGACGCUUGGGGCUGUUAAUGUUAUCUGCAGUGAUAAAACAGGAACUUUGACGAGGAAUAAAAUGUUUGUAACCGACUGCGCGAUCUCAACCUCGACAUACACUCCUGAGUCUGCCCGUGAUGAUAUGGUUAUGAAAGGUAAAUCGUCGAGCAUUCAUCAACUCCGCGCAGCAUCAGGACUAUGCAAUGCCGCCGAAUUCGACGCUGCUGCUUCCAAUCUUCCUCUCCAUGAACGCCCUAUAUUCGGCGACGCCACUGAUCAAGCCGUUCUUCGACUCUCCGAAACUUUCGGCUCAGUCGCGGACUUGCGUCGCUUGUGGAAAAAGACUUAUGAGCUGGCCUUCAACAGUAAGAAUAAGUUCAUGAUUCGGACUUUCGCACUCAACGAAUCUAGCGGCUUGGGAUUGGCGCUGUCGUCUGCAGAGUCGGUCAACUUUAGACCGGAUGACAUCUUGUUAACAAUCAAAGGUGCUCCUGAUAUCUUGAUUGAACGAUGUGGAUACACCGUCACGGCUGAUGGCAGUGUCCAGAGCCUCGACGCAGCAACAUUGAGCCAAGUCAAAGAACUCAAAGACCGCUGGUCCAGCGAAGGGAAGCGCGUAAUCCUGCUUGCUCGCAAAGUGAUAACCGCCAAGGCUAUUAUGGCAUCUCCUCCAUCCGCUGAAUUCGAGGCUGAGGUGAUGAGACAGGCCAAGUCUGAUCUCGUCUUGAUUGGCAUGGUCGGCAUCGUGGAUCCUCCACGCGAGGAAAUCCCCGGCGUCGUCGACACUCUCCGCAGAGCCGGAAUCAGAAUCUUCAUGGUCACAGGUGAUUUCGGCCUAACCGCGCUUGCAAUCGCACGCCAAUGCAGGAUUGUUUCUGCAUCGAGUCGCGUUGACGAUGUCACUGCUCUGCAACGCAGUGCAACCAACAGCGAGAUUGUCCCCGAUAAACCAGCGUCCUCAGCUAUUGUCAUCAGUGGCUCGGAACUGAUGUCUCUCAACAACAACCAGUGGGAUCAAUUAUGCAAGUACCAAGAAAUCGUCUUCUCACGAACGACGCCUGAACAGAAACUCCGUAUUGUGCGCGAAUUCCAAGCUCGCGACGAAAUCGUCGGCAUGACUGGCGACGGUGUCAACGACGCCCCUUCUCUCAAAGCCGCUGAUAUUGGUAUCGCGCUGGGAAGCGGGUCCGAUAUCGCUAUCGAAGCCGCUGAUAUGGUGCUACUCGACUCCUUCUCGGCCAUUGUUGAGGCUGUCCAGUACGGCCGCGUGGUGUUUGACAAUCUCAAGAAAACCAUCAUCUACCUUCUCCCGGCAGGCUCGUUCUCUGAAUUCUGGCCUGUCUUCACAAACGUUGUCUUCGGCCUGCCUCAGAUCCUCUCCUCGUUCCUGAUGAUCAUCAUCUGCUGCUUCACCGACUGUGCCGCUGCAACUGUGCUCGCGUACGAAAAGCCCGAGGCGGAUGUCCUCCUGCGGCCGCCGCGUAACCCUAAAAAGGACCGUCUUGUCGACUGGAGGCUCAUGCUGCAGUCCUACGGGAUCCUCGGGGUGCUCGAAACUGUGUGCUCGUUCAGCAUGUCAUACUGGUAUCUCCAGCGCAACGGCAUCCCGUUUUCCACACUCUGGUUCGGCUUCGGCAAUGUCCCAGACAACAUUGAUCCGGAUUUCUACCAGGACAAACUCAACGAGGCAUCAUCAAUCUACUUCAUUAACCUAGUUGUCAUGCAAUGGUUCAAUCUAAUGGCCAUCCGCACACGCCGUCUCUCCAUUUUCUCGCACCCGCCCGCUUUCAACAAACAAACACAGAAUUUGCUGCUCUUCCCGGCCAUUGCGUUUGCGCUGUGCAUGGCUGUUCUGUGGCUCUAUAUCCCACAGUUACAACCCGUGCUCGCUACGACGAGUGUCCCCGUGGAGCAUUAUUUCCUGCCUGCGGCGUUUGGGCUGGGGAUCUUGAUUAUGGAUGAGUGCCGAAAGGCGGCUGUGAGAAGGUGGCCGCAAGGGUGGUUGGCGAAGGCGGCUUGGUGAUACCAUUCCUGUUUGAUUCAAAUGUUAUUUAGAUAGUAGUUAAUACUGUGAAUGUCAACUGGUAUAUUCUGGUC